AUGAAUUCCGCUGAGCAGUUAAAUAGAUUCGCUUCAAAAAGAUACAGUGAACCUCAAAAAUAUCAUCAAGACAGCAAUAAUUACUCUAAUUCACUAAAGAAUAUCAAAAAAAUCUACGCAACUCUUGACACUAGCGUUAUUAAUAAUACAGAAACCACUGAAGAUUCUGUUGGACAACAUUCAAGGAGUUUUAAAGAGAGCUCAGGCAAGAAACCUCAGAAAGCUGGAAGAUUAGUUGAGUAUAACGCGACCCGAUACACAAUUAAUCUAAAGAAAAGCAAGAAAAAAAUAUUACGGAAAAAUUACGAUGCACAUCCAGGACCUGGGGCUUAUAGUAUUCAGCCAGUUUUAUCAAAGUCUCCCAGAGCCACUAUUGGUAAAGCCAAGCGAUGAUACUUAUCAAGAAACUCUGACAAUCCUGGCCCUGGCACAUAUGAAGAUUCAUUAUUGAUCAAACUGAAACAUCCCGAUUAUUCUUUUACAAUGACCUCAAGGGAUGGAUUUGUAAAAGCUGUUACUCCUGGCCCUGGGUCUUAUAAUACAAGCAAAUCAACAAAUGAUGGGAAGCCCGCACUUAUAAUCCCUAGAAGACCUCAGUCAGCAGCUCAUUCAACGCCUGGCCCUGGAGCAUAUUCAUCAAAAACUACCAAAUCAACUUCUCCAAAGUGAACAAUUGGAAAAAGCCAAAGGUACCAAAAUAACUAUGGCAGAUAUCCUUCUCCAGCUGAAUACUCUCCCAAAGGAGCACUUGAAGCGGCUCCUGCAUAUUCCAUGGGGAAAAGUCAAAAACAAGACACCUUUUAUCUCAGCAAAAAAGAUUUAGAGGUUGAAUACUUUCCAAAAGAAAAAGUCUCAUACGGAAAAUCCUCGACUACUGUAAAAACACAUUUCACUUUCAAAAGCGAAGCACCUGGGCCAGGCCAGUACUUCCCAAACAGUGAGGUUGUGCUUAAAAAAUCCCCUAAAGCUGCAUUCGGUACCUCAACUCGGUUCUAA